GAGACGCAGAAGCAGACAAGAUGGCGGCGGCGGCGGCACAGGGCGGGAGAAGUGGUGGCGGAGGGAGUAGUGGGGCUAGUGGUGGCCCUAGCUGCGGGACAGGCAGCAGCCGCAGCGGCUUGUUAGAUAAGUGGAAAAUUGAUGAUAAGCCUGUAAAAAUUGACAAAUGGGAUGGAUCAGCUGUGAAAAACUCUUUGGAUGAUUCUGCCAAAAAGGUACUUCUGGAAAAGUACAAGUAUGUGGAGAAUUUUGGGCUAAUUGACGGUCGCCUCACCAUCUGUACCAUCUCCUGUUUUUUUGCCAUAGUGGCUUUGAUUUGGGAUUAUAUGCACCCCUUUCCAGAGUCCAAGCCAGUUUUAGCCCUGUGCGUCAUAUCCUAUUUUGUGAUGAUGGGGAUUCUGACCAUUUAUACCUCAUAUAAGGAGAAGAGCAUCUUUCUUGUGGCUCACAGGAAAGAUCCUACUGGGAUGGAUCCUGAUGAUAUUUGGCAGCUGUCCUCCAGUCUCAAAAGGUUUGAUGAUAAAUAUACACUGAAACUGACCUUCAUCAGUGGGAGAACAAAGCAGCAGCGGGAAGCCGAAUUCACUAAGUCUAUCGCCAAGUUUUUUGACCACAGCGGGACACUGGUCAUGGAUGCAUACGAGCCUGAAAUAUCCAGGCUCCAUGACAGUCUUGCCACAGAAAGAAAAAUAAAAUAGCCAAUUCUAAAAGCAGCCCUCUUUCUGCUGGAUCAUGCUGAAUUACUGGAUGGGUGGGGGAAGAAACAGAACUUAAAAUGGGUAAAGUAAGAAAUGUUUAAAAUGUCCCUUUUUUUGUCCUGAAAUUUUAGUCUCUUCUGGAAAAAUAGGAUUUUCUAGCACAGAUACGAGAAGUUGUAGCUCUUAUUUCUAGCUGUAGCUUCCUUGGUCUGCUGAUUGUGUUGUUUUGACUUGCUUUGGAAAAGCAUUCUUGCUAAAAGCUGUAUAAGACUUUUUUUUUUUUUUAUGUAGUAGUACUUUCUAUAGUAUAGCUUUGUGCCAUGCAGCAUUUGAAGACUCAGUUUUAAAAAAUUGUUAACCUGUUGCUGACUUCAUGUUAAUUUCUGUUUCAACAACUGUUUCCUGAAGAAUUCAGGAUGCAACUUCUUGUGUAUGACAGCUUUCCUCACACACCAUUUUUGUGGGUGUGUAUAUAUCUGACUUGGGGAAACUACAAAAAAACCCACAAAAUAUAGCUUUUAAAUUUGUCUAAAAAGACCUGCCUGUUAAACAUUUUGUGUUCUUAAUCAAUUGAAGAAGCCAGUGGCAUUUUUAAUUUUAUAUUGUCUGUUUUCCAUAGUAUAUCCCUGUUGAUUUGUUUGCGACCUUUAUUAAUUGCCAUUUUCUAAAAUUUUUUUUCAAUAAAAGGAAAGAAGAUGUGAAAAAAUGAGUCAUAGUCUUGAUGGAAGGACCAGAGCAGCAAGUGUUAUUAGUUUCUCUACUACUGUAGAGUUUUUUUUCAUUUACAGGCUGUUUAACUAUUCAUAGAGCCCUGAAAACUCAUAACUGAGAAACUCGUAGCUCUCUGGUAAGAAUAAUAAGGACACUCAUUACUUGGUCCCAGGAAGUGUUCCAAGUACCUUACAUGUAUUAACUCACUAAAGCCCACGGUACUUCUAAGAGGUAGGUACUUUUAUUAUCUCUGUUUUGUAGAUGAGGAAGCUGAGACAUAAAACUUGAAUUAUUUGUCACACAACACUUAAUAGAUCCCAUUGUAGCACCAGAGUUUGUGUUUCUACUAUAACAAAAGAGCAUCACCAGGGAGUAUUGAUGCAUGCCUGUAAUCCCAGCUACUUGGGAUGCUAAGGCAGGAGGAUGGCAAAUCUGAGAUCAACCUGGGCCAUUUAGUGAGGCUCUGUCACAAAAUAAAAAGGCUCGGUGCUAGAGCACUUGCCUAGCCUAGCAUGUGUGAGGUCCUGGGUUUGAUUCUCCAUCAUACACACACACACACACAAAACAAAUUUUUUUGCAGUAUUUCUGCAACCUAGUUCGAGAAGAGUUCAGCCUUUCCUAGAUCCUAUGACCUUUAGGAAUAUUGUUCCUCCAGCUUUAAAAAAGUGCAGUUCCAACUACACUUAGUACCACUAAGGAGAGGGUCACCAGUGUUUUUCGUUAUUUACAAAUUUCAGUUGCUAAUGCAUAUUUAGUGUUUGUAAUAUUUUUGUUUAUUUUUUAGAAACAGUAUUUUCUGCUUCAGAAAAACCUUGGGAAAUAAAAGAUGCAGAUUCUAUUUGCGUACACACAAAGUUGUAUUUCUUUUGAACUGAGUUCCUUCUCCGGUUAGAGCCCUCUCACCAACUCUACCUUAUAUCCACCCAGACUAACCACAUUGUACAUCCCAUUGUCUCCUUGAUGGAAAUCAUCUAAGAAAGCUGCAUUGUCACUGAUUUUAUUGAAUAUAUCCUGUCCCCAUUAUCAAUCUUCUCUGCUAUUAAAUAGAAAACCCAGCUGAAAGAACAUUAUGUGCAGGUAACUCCUCUGAUGUCCAUGCUACUUUAAAAAUCAACGGAGAUUCUUAUAAACUUUUUUUAAUGCCAUGGAUCUUCUUGAUAUUCUUUUCUAUGGUCCACUUAUCAGACUGAUGUUUUGAAUGCUUAAAUUUAACAUUGCAUGUUAAUGAGGAAUUAGAGAACUGGUUACUGGCUGAAUAGUGGGAAAUAACUUGAGAGAUCGCUCUGAUUUGGAUCUGAAAUGUUCGCUGAAGGCUCAUGUGUUGAAGGCUUGCUCCCCAACCUAUAUUACUAUUAUUGGAAGGUGGUGGAACUUUUAGGAGGUGGCGCCUACUGGCAGGAAGUUAGGCUAUUAGGCUAUUACAGAGGCCAUUCCUCUGUAUUCUUUUGGCAGUAAACUACUUUGUGGUUAAUUGGAGGGGAUACUGGACCCUGCCCCAAACUUGUGAAGAAGUUUGCUCCCUUGGUUCCCUUCCCAUGGUUUUCUGCCUUGCCACAGACCUAAAGCAGCAGUGUCAAAUGACCAUGAACUAAAACCUCUGAAACUGAGCCAAAAUAAAUAUUUCCUUCUUUAAGUUUGACUUAUCAGUUAUUUUAUCACAACACAGAAAACUAUCAAAGAUAAUUGCUCAAAAGAUGCCCCUUUUUGUUGUUUGUUUUUAACUCCUCUGAUUAGGAGGACUUCCUGAUUAAUCUGGCAACCAGCCUCAUUUCUGCCCCAUUUUAAUUAGUUACAUAUAUAUAGAGAGAGAGGAAAAAGACAGAUGCAGACAUGCACUUACAUGAGCCUAAGAAGAAGGGAAGAAACUAGGUAUGUAAGAAAGAAUGGCAACUUUGAGCUGUCUUACAGCCAGCUUCCUAUAGUCUGUCAUGCCAGCCUCAGACCUGUGCAGACACAAUAGUAAAGGCCUCAGAAUUUUUGGCAGUGGAUCUUGGUUGACAUGAAGGAGCUUUGGGCCUUACAGGGAGAUUUCUCUGAAACAGACUUUUCUGGGAAAUCACUGAUGAGGAGUGAGUAGUAUUUGGUCACCAAAUACUGGAUUAUGUGACCUUGGAGAAAAAGGAACUGAGAAAGGUAAUGCAUGAGGCCUGAAUGUCCCUGAAGAGUCUUGCUUUGUAUGAAAGCAACGUGUCACUGUCUUCCUAGGCCAUUCCUCUGUAUUCUGUUGGCAGUAAACUACUUUGUGAGCAGGGUUUUGCACUGUUUACUAUAAAAGGGUUGAGUCUACAACAUCAGGGUCUGCCCGUAGAGGAAUUCAUCUAGGCCCAUCUGUGGCACUUUUGGGAAUGGGAGUCAUGGGGAACUGGCACAAACAUUAUGUUCAUGUUUCUUAUUGUACUAUAAGUAAUAAAGUUUUUUUUGUCUGA